GGGUAACGAGCCGUCGCUGCCCGGGUCGCGUCUGGUGGCUUCGCUCGGGAUGGUGCGUGGCCGGCCGCGCUCCGUGUGUUCCGGGGCACCGAGCCGCCUGCGCCGGGUGCCCGGCCCGGCGUGCAGCGCGCAGCGCCCGUGAGCCAGGGGGCGAGGCGGCGGCGGCGGCUCUGCCUCGGCUGAAGGAGCGGGCCGGUCCUUCGCCUGCAGCAGGGCGCCUGGAGUUCCAAGAUGCCACUUCAGACAUCUCAAAAUUGAUAGCAAGGACUGAAGAACUAUCUUUAAGACCUGAUAAUUUUCCUGAAAUACUGACCAUGUCUAUUAUGGAUCACAGCCCUACCACUGGAGUGGUGACUGUAAUAGUCAUUCUGAUUGCUAUUGCUGCUCUCGGUGCCUUGAUAUUGGGCUGCUGGUGUUACCUGCGUCUGCAAAGGAUCAGCCAAUCUGAAGAUGAAGAGAGCAUUGUGGGAGAAGGAGAAACCAAAGAGCCUUUUCUUUUGGUGCAGUAUUCUGCUAAAGGACCUUGUGUAGAGAGAAAAGCAAAGCUGACUCCUAAUGGCACAGAAAUUCAUAGCUAACUUCAACCAGCACAGAUGUGUAUCUGGACUACACUUAAGAUGUCUGUAAUCAGCAGAACUGAUACUGUGAAGAAAUUGGACAUACAUACUGCUCUCU